CUUCUGCUCCUGCCACUGCGCCAGCACCAGCACCUGUGAUCGACUUCAAAGUAUGGAACCCUCCUCAAGGGUCGCAUAUACUUGAUCACCCUGAUUCGUAUUAUGAGCCAACGCGAGAAGAAUUACAAGCGAUGUAUGCCACCUCCCAACGGCGACUGCACGCCAUGACCGAGGGCCCGCUGCUCACCGCUAAGCUGAGGAACGAGGACGAGAAACGGCGCAAGCAACGGGAGCGAUUCCCACGGACGACGAUCAGGAUCAGGUUCCCCGAUCGGACGAUGUUGGAGCGCACGUUUAGCAGCGAGGAGAAGAUUAGGAGCGUGUAUAAGUUUGUGAGGGACUGCUUGACUGAGGAGGCAAAGCCGAUCAAAUUCAUCCUAUACCAACCUCCGCGGCAGGAAUACAAAGUCUCCGACCCCGAAGUGCGGGAUAAGACCCUCUACGACCUGCACUUUUCUCCAUCUUCCGUUCUCUUACUCACUUUCACCGACGAUUCCCUGAACCGGGACGAGGUUCCUCCUCCCCUUCUUUCGGAGAUACUUGCCUUGGCGCAGGACCUCCCUGUGCCGACGGAGGAGCCAGUACCGGAGGUUAAGCCCAAAGUCGGGGGAAGAACGUUAGGUGGUGGUGGCAGCGUGGGAGAUGAGAAGGCGGAUGCGAAGGUCGGGGACGGGAAAGGAAUGAGUGCGCAAGAGAAGAAGGAAAAGCUAUCGAGGUUGCUGAAGCUGGGUGGGAAGAAAUGAGCUUAGCUGAGCUGGUUGAUGAGAACCUGCCUGAAGACUAUCGUUACGCCAUUGUACUGUAUCCAUCCAUCGUUACCUGAACAUGAAGAUCAAACGUUCUGUGUCAGCC